AUGGCGCCCCAGAAGCCCGAGACCUUCAUGUUGAGCACCGAAGCGCAGCAGGCGUUGCCGCACGAUGCGCAGGUCGCGCUCCAGCAGGUCGACAAUCUCAAAUACUUCCUCAUCUCUGCACCUGUCGAUUGGCAACCAGAUCAGUACAUCCGCCGAUUUCUCUUACCGACAGGCGAAUACGUCUCUUGCGUCCUAUGGAACAACCUCUUCCACAUUUCGGGCACCGACAUUGUGCGAUGUCUCUCCUUCAGAUUUCAGGCCUUUGGCCGACCGGUCAAGAACUCCAAGAAGUUCGAGGAGGGCAUCUUUUCCGAUCUGCGAAAUCUCAAGUCUGGCACGGACGCCUCGCUCGAGGAGCCCAAAAGCGCCUUCCUCGACUUCCUCUACAAGAACAACUGCAUUCGAACCCAGAAGAAGCAAAAAGUCUUCUACUGGUACAGCGUGCCUCACGACCGCCUCUUCCUGGACGCGCUGGAACGUGACCUGAAGCGAGAAAAGAUGGGCCAGGAGGCCACCACCGUCGCCGUCAGCGAGCCCGCCAUGUCGUUCCAGUACGACUCGUCUCAGUCGCUGUACGAGCAGCUGACCAAGACGCAACAAGCCAACUCGUCCUCCUUCAGCGCGCAGCAACCCUCCUUCUCCCAGGGCCCGACCACGUCCCCCGUCAUGAGGAACAUGGACCCGAUGCCCCCCCCAAACAUGAUGCCGCAGCCAAUGGCCCCUUUGGGCGAGGGGAUGGACGGCAUGGUAUCGUACGACUCGAUGCCCAUGACGUCCGCCGUGACCCAGCAGGUCCAGCCGGUCAAGAGGGAUCCUGACUUCGCUCGCCCCCAGUACAACCAAAACGGCGUCCCGAUGACCCACGGUCACCAGCGCCACGCCUCGAUGCCCGCCUACGGCCUCGAGUACUCGCCCGCCCCGUCCUUUGUCUCGUCGCAGUAUGAGGACUACAGCAACCGCGGCAUCUCGUUUGAGCCCAUCACCCCUCCCCAGCAAGCCCUGGGCAUGGCCGGCGAGCCUGCCUACAUUGCAAACGAGGAGACUGGCCUCUACUCGGCCAUUCCGGACCAUGUGCCGGGCAUGAACGGCCUCAACGGAGUGGCGCAGCUCCCUCCAUCUAACAUGGCCGGAUCCCAGUUCUCUCGGCCCUACGGUACCAACAACGUCUACUCUGUCAUCGAGGGCUCGCCGACGUACAAGCAGAGAAGAAGGCGCUCGUCAAUUCCUCCAUCCAUGUCAGCAAUGCCCGGCCCCCCGGUUGCCAACGCGGCCGCCCACCGACCUUCGGACCUCAGGAGGUCUGUGUCAGCCUCAGUGGGCCCGGUCCCUGAAGGAGACGAGUCGGCGGAUAACUCGCCGCCCGGCCUGUCGUACAGCGCCUCUGGUGCGUCUUUGGCCAGCCAGCCGCAUAAGGAUGUCGUGGACAUGUCUCGACACGGCACUCCGCUCUCCACCGUGGACGGCAGCCCAGCGCUCAACCCCAUGUCCCUUCAACAUGACUACUCGCAAAUGCCUUCCGAGGACUACUCGGGCGACGGUUCCCUCAAGGGCCACCGUCGGACCGUGUCCAACCCCAACGGCGUGGCCCGUAGGGCUCGCUCGGCCACUGUCAUGGAACUUGGCCCCUACCCUCACAAGUCUCACUCGUGUCCCAUUCCAACUUGCGGCCGUCUGUUCAAGCGGUUAGAGCACCUGAAGCGACACGUCAGGACACACACUCAAGAAAAGCCUUACAUCUGCCCACAUUGCAGCAAGGCUUUCUCCAGAUCGGACAAUCUUGCCCAGCACAAGCGUACCCACAGCCGCGAGGACGGUGGAGAGAGCUCGAUGAACAUGUCGGCCGAAGAGGAGGAGGAGCUAUCCGGUGAGGACCAGCUUGGCUCUCUUGAGGAAGCAUCUCCGAGUUCGGAAAUGGCCUAUAUGCCCGGCUCCAUGAACCCGGGAGCCGACCCGGCCAUGGGGUCGAAUGGCCCGACACCGACAGGCAACAUGGGCCAGAACCAAGGCUUCAACAGCUUGCAGACGCUGAGCAUGCCCAUGACAAUCAGCCAGCCGGCCGCCAUUAACGGCGUGAUGUAA